CAACCUCUCAUUCUCUCCUCUCUUCUUCUUCUCUCUCUAGAUCUGCUCUAUUUUCUCUCUCUAGAAUCCAUGGCGGUGGGCAAUGGAACAACCAAAGAAGAAGCACUGGUGGUGAGCUUCGGAGAGAUGUUGAUCGACUUCGUACCAACCGCCUCCGGCGUAUCCCUGGCCGAAGCUCCUGGCUUUCUCAAAGCUCCAGGCGGUGCCCCGGCCAACGUCGCCAUCGCCGUCACCCGGCUUGGUGGCCGCGCCGCCUUCGUCGGAAAACUCGGUGACGAUGAGUUUGGCCGUAUGCUCGCCUCGAUCCUCCAACAAAACGGCGUCGUUGAUUCCGGCAUCGUCUUCGACUCCGGCGCCCGCACUGCUUUGGCUUUCGUCACCCUCCGUGCCGACGGCGAGCGUGAGUUCAUGUUCUAUCGGAACCCUAGCGCCGACAUGCUCCUCACCGAGGCCGAGCUCGAUCGAGAUCUCAUUUCUAGGGCUGCAAUCUUCCAUUAUGGAUCCAUAAGCUUGAUCACAGAGCCUUGCAGAUCAGCCCAUUUAAGAGCAAUGGAGAUUGCAAAAGAAGCAGGUGCAUUACUCUCAUAUGACCCGAAUCUUCGUCUUCCUCUCUGGCCAUCGCCGGAGGAAGCACGUGACCAGAUCAUGAGCAUUUGGGACCAAGCCGACAUCAUAAAGGUCAGUGAUGUUGAGCUUGAGUUCCUCACCGGAGAAAACUCCGUUGAAGAUGAUGUUGCCAUGAAACUAUGGAGACCAACACUCAAGCUUCUUUUAAUAACUUUAGGUGACAAAGGAUGCAAAUACUACACUAAGGAUUUCCGGGGAAUGGUUGAGAGCAUUCAGGUUAAAGCAGUGGACACGACCGGUGCGGGCGACGCAUUUGUCGGAGCUAUGCUCCGUAGGAUUGUUACUGAUCAAUCCGCAUUGCAAGAUGAGAAGAAACUUAGAGAAAUACUGAGAUUUGCUAAUGCAUGCGGAGCCAUAACUACGACUAAAAAAGGCGCAAUUCCUGCUCUGCCGAAUGAAGCAGAAGCUCAGGAGUUCCUCCAAAGAGUCUGAGACUCUCUUCUAAGUUAUCAGCUUGUGUUGUUGUACUUUGAUUCAGGAAUGUUUUUUUCGUGUUUUUUGUUUUUGUAUUCGUUGCAAGCAAAGUGAAUGUGAUUGUAAUAAAACUUUUGCAAUGGUCAUUAAAAGUUUA